AUGUCCUACUCCUCUAUGAUUUUUGUUCUCCUCGUUAGUGUUGUACUUGCCGACGACCAACCAAUUCCUCCACCAGUUCAACCAGGCAUGGAAGGACAGCUUGGAAUAGGGCAACCAGGUUUCAAUGGACAACUGCCGGGACAAAUUGGAGGAGUUCAACCUGUGAUUGGAGGAAUUGGGGUUCCAACACUUCCAACUUUACCAACUCUGCCGAGCCUGCCGACACUUCCAACAAUCCCACCACCAGGAGUUGCACCAGGUGGAGUUAUCGGACAACCAGGAGUUGUCGGCGGAAUUAAUGUACCACAACCAGGAAUAUAA